GAUAAAAAUUUGGUUAUAAUUUAUGUUGGCCCCUGACAUAUAUAUAUAUAUUUAUUUUAAUGAUUUGGUCUCUAAGCAACUGAUCUCUUAGCAACAAGAAGCACCUUUAUAAAAGAUGGCACACAAAGAGUGAUUGCCAGAAAAACCGCCCGGCUCUUAAGCAGCCGCGCAUCAUUAACAAAACUCUGCGCCUCCUUCAAGAGCCUCUCACUACAAGUGACCAGCUGAAGCAGGACCCCACGCUCCUCCCGCUGAGAGCGAGGCUCACAAGAUGGUCUUGGAGUUGCUCAACCCGAUGCAGUACAACAUCACCAGCGUGGUGCCUGGAGCCAUGCCCGUGGCCACCAUGCCCAUACUGCUGCUCACGGGCUUCCUCCUCCUGGUGUGGAAUUACGAGGACUCAUCCUCCAUACCAGGUCCUGGCUACUGUCUGGGCAUCGGGCCCCUCAUCUCCCACGGCCGCUUCCUGUGGAUGGGGAUUGGCAGGGCCUGCAACUACUACAACCGGAUGUACGGCGAAUUCACGAGAGUCUGGAUCAGCGGCGAGGAAACGCUCAUUAUCAGCAAGUCCUCAGGGCUGUUCCACGUCAUGAAGCACAGUCACUACAGCUGCCGCUUCGGCAGCAAGCUGGGGCUGCAGUGCAUCGGCAUGCACGAGAACGGAGUCAUCUUCAACAACAACCCGGCCCUCUGGAAGGCUGUGCGGCCCUACUUCAACAAGGCGCUGUCCGGACCCGGCCUGGUGCGCAUGGUGACCAUCUGCGCCAGCUCCGUCCGGACGCACCUGGACCGGCUGGAGGAGGUCACCAGCGAGUCGGGCUACGUGGACGUGCUGACGCUCAUGCGACGCAUCAUGCUGGACGCCUCGAACAUGCUGUUCCUAGGGAUCCCCUUGGACGAGAGCGCCUUCGUGGUAAAAAUUCAGGGCUAUUUCAACGCGUGGCAAGCGCUCCUCCUCAAGCCAGACAUCUUCUUUAAGAUCUCUUGGCUGUACAAGAAGUAUGAAAAGUCUGUCAAGGAUUUGAAAGAUGCUCUAGAAAUUCUGAUUGAAGAAAAAAGACAGAGAAUUUCCACAGCUGAGAAACUGGAAGACUGCAGAGAUUUUGCCACUGAGCUGAUUUUUGCUGAGAAACGGGGUGACGUGACACGAGAGAAUGUGAACCAGUGCAUCCUGGAGAUUAUGAUUGCAGCCCCGGAUACCAUGUCUGUCACUCUGUUCUUCAUGCUUUUCCUCAUCACAGAACACAGGCAGGUCGAGGAGGCAAUAAUGAAGGAAAUCAAGACUGUGGUUGGUGAAAGAGAUAUAAGGAUUGACGAUCUACAGAAACUGAAAGUGGUGGAAAGCUUUAUUUAUGAGAGCAUGCGCUACCAACCCGUGGUGGACAUGGUCAUGCGCAGAGCAUUACAGGACGACGUCAUUGAUGGCUACCCUGUGAAAAAGGGGACAAAUAUCAUCCUGAAUAUCGGAAGAAUGCAUAGACUUGAGUUUUUUCCCAAGCCAAAUGAAUUUACUCUUGAAAACUUUGCACAGAAUGUUCCUUACCGGUAUUUUCAGCCUUUUGGCUUUGGGCCUCGUGGCUGUGCAGGGAAGUACAUCGCCAUGGUAAUGAUGAAAGUCAUUCUCGUGACGUUGCUGAAACGAUUCCGCAUGCAGACGAUCCAAGGCAAGUGCAUGGAGAGCAUGAAGAAAUGCAACGACUUGUCCUUGCAUCCUGACGAGACUGACAGCCUUCUGGAGAUGAUUUUUAUCCCAAGAAACUAGAUAGAUGCCUCAACCCCUAAAGGAAGCCAGUCUGCAUCUCCUCUCAAGCAUUUCUCAUCAGUAGUUAGCCAGGAAACCAUGCACCUUCACCAGAAAGCAUCACCUCAGCACAGCACUCUGGAGACAGUGAGGUUCAACAGGGAUACUUCCUGGGGGGUUCUCAGCAAGGUGGAUGCAGCAGCCAGCUCAACUUGUUCCCAACCAAGAACUGGACAGGAAUGGAAAAAUGCUAAAGCCAAGAGUCGAGGGGUGGGGGGAAGUGGUCCAUGAAGAAAUAGCAUCCCUAAGGUUCAGCUCCAUAAAACAGGCUUUGGAAAAGUGAGAGCAUCAGCAGACUCCACGUCUGGCUUCCUGUAGAAUCCCUUUCUCCCCCAUCUCCCCCAUACAUGCCACCCUGCCCAGGCCACUUCAAUGGCAGAGGAAGGAACACUGGGUCAAUGGUUCACAAUGGCUAGGCCGAUGUCUGGGCAAUGGGAUCAAAUACCCUUACUACUUUGAUUGGGAUUUUAGUGAUUUAGGGCUGAUAGUGUUAGAAUCUUUGUGGAAAUUCUUACAAAUUCAGCACUUGGUAAUGCCUAGGAAUCCUAGUUAAAUUUUCUUUAUCCCUGUGUGACUUGCCAGUGGGAAAAUUAAAAUCCUUUCCCAGUUCCUCCAGCCCAGCUUCAAUGGCCAUUGGUGUCAAUUCAGGUAAUUAGUACAAAGAAACUUAGUAAGAGCCCAAGUAAAAUCUAAUUAGAACCAUAUAUGUGCUCUAGAGGAGGGAGAGAAAUCACAAAAUCAUUUCCCAUUUGAAUAAUGAUCCUUUUGUUCUGUCUGUAGUUUUGCUGAGCUCUACUCAGUGUGGUGAACCAAAUGCUAACUUGAAAUAAUGGCCUCUCAUCUCUCUACAACAGUUCCAGUGAUCCGGGGAAGAAGGGGUCCUUGUAACUAAUCCCACAGUUUCAGGAAUACAAAAGGAGUGCUGCUGCCAGUCCACUGACUUUCAGUAUUACUCUUUCAGUAUUGUCCCUUUGUUCUUUCAAAGACCAGAAAAGCCAAGUUCAGAUCAGUAGAGAAAAUCAGUAGAGAACCACUGCCAUCCUAUUAAAUUCUACUUCAGAGCUUAUGGAUAUGCUGAGGUGUAACAUAUACCUUAAUGAUGGAAUUACAUGUAGCCAUGGAUAAAAAGGUACGACAAUGGCAUGAGCUCUCUAGGGGGAACCCGACAGCUUAGUCGAUGUUCCAAACACCACUUUACCUGUGCUGUGAUAGCCACUACGACUGAAUCUACCGAAUGUCAGUAAAAACUGUAAAUCAUUUGUAAGUGUGUGCCAUUAAGCCAACCACCAUCUCAACAGAAAAUGAAAAGUGUAAACUCCUUGAAUGCAGGCGCUCCUAUCUUUGGUAACCCAUCCCCACCUCCCAUUCCUCUCAGUAUCCAUCCUGACCCAACACCCUUGCUGAGAGAUAGACGCUCUCUGAUGGUCCCAGGGACCAAGGCAAGAAGUGGCAGGUAUUUAAAGAAUUCAAGGACAGGCAGAAGUAAAGAAGUAAAUAGAUGGUAUGGGAGCCACUUGAAUAAUUUCUACGACCUACUCAGAAAUCUUGCUGUGUAUCCUGAAAUUAUCUGUAGUCUGAAACAGACCAUCAUCCAGAUGAUUCAGACCCAGACCCAGAAGACCCAGAUUCUAGGUUUCACUGGAUCCAAGUUUUAUUACUGGAUGGUUAUUAAUACCAAGUUGAGUCUGCCCCUGGCAGGAGCUGCAUAGUAGAACAAAACAGGCUUUGGACCAGUGCACUUCACCUGUUCGACUGCCUCCAAUCAGCAGCUAUAUUUUAUGUCUGUGUGUAUAUAUGUGUGUACACAUACAUAAAAUAUAAAAUGUCUGUACAUAUGUAUAUGUAUCCAGUCAAGACCUGUGUCCAUAGUCCAAGUGAAGCCAGAAGGCUGAUAGUGUUGGAAACAAUGCAGAUGAAAAAUAUGCUGGGGCUGUGGGAACUAGGGUGAAGAAUGGGUGGAGGAGGUCAGGAAGAGCCAAACAAACUUUCCUAAAGUCAAACUGUCUAAAUAAUUUCACUCUUCCUGGACUGUAUAAGCCAGUGUCUCCCUAACUGGGUGAUGCCAGCCCUUCCCGGGGAUGGGGGUUGCUGGGAUGAUGGGCUGGCAGUGUCCUUGGGUAAAAGUGGGUGGGGGGCUGUUUGUUAAAUUAAAGAAGGUAGACUUCCUUCCCUGGGGUAGCAGGGGUGCAGUGGGGGACACAGCAUGAUAUUUUUUCUCUAAAAGGGGGCAGUAGUUUGGGAACCACUGGUAUAGACAAACCUCUUAUAGACAAACCCUAACCCUGGUUGUAAGUCCCCUAGCUGCCUGAUCUAACUGAACCUUACCUCCAAUCCUAACUGUGAACCCUAACUGUAACCCUAAGCUGAACCAGCAACAUAAUUUAAAUCCCCAAAGGUCUAGCUAAAAAGUUUGAAAUAUGUAGGAAAGUAGAAGAGAUGCACUGGUCUCUGCUCUUCACCCCCUGACACAGAACUUCUAAACCCUGGCACUGUCCUGGGUGAUGGGAAGGCCUGUCAUUCUAGUGAGUGGACUCUGAGUUGGCACCUGGAUGGGGGCUGGUCCCCAGAAAGAAGGAUCCUGAUGAGAACUGAUGAGAAGUGUGGAUUGUCCAGUUUACCUCCCUUCCAUGCUCCUGAGGAGGAGAGGGAAUGAAGAUGGACAAUGGACUGGAUGGAGGAUAGCCCCACACUGGCUAAAGCCCCUCCUCCCUGAAGUCCAGGGCAUGGAGCUCAGAAGAGCAGAAUUAUCUGGCCAAUGAAUAAGUCCCCCUGGGAUGUGCCACACCCCAAGUCCUCAGACUGAAGUUCCUGCAUUCCCCAAAGUUCUGCCCAGGGUGAACCACUGCAUCUACUUACUCCCCUGCACCCCUUAUGGCACCCCUGAAUAAACUGGUGAACCUGA